AACGAUGGAAACACGAACGAAACAUAACAAUACUUGUCAUCGCAUGGCUUCAACAUUGCUUCAUGCUUCGAAAAUUAAUACCAUGAAGAAAAACUACAUUUUAGCUUUUAUACGGAUAAGCCAGACAGGCGAAAUUUACAGUUCUCCAUUAAAGUAUGCACCAUCAAAAGAAAUUGAUUUGCAUUCGAGAACGCAUAACAGACGUAGCCGUACUGCCAGAAUACCACAAAAAUGGCAUGUACAAUUCGUAGAUAUGUUGCGGAGUACGUUUUUGUCAUGGCCUACAAAAGAAGGAAAAUGGUGGCCUGUAAUGCUUCAGGAUGCUGGGUUUGUUUACCUUUAUCAUGAACUUGAUUUGCAAUGUACUGAAUGUAAAAUUAAAACAUCGGUUAAAGAUUGGUUUAACAAAGAAACACCAAAGCAGGCACACGCUCGUAUAAACCCAAAUUGUCCUCUUGUUAAGCGAGCGUUUAAAGAAAAGAUUGAGAUGGAUGGAUCUGACAUAAACCAUGCAUCAAACACUCAAUCUGAUACUUCUCAUCAGCCUUCAUUGGAUGGUCAGAUAAUUAUAAAUGGAUUCAGACCACAGAUUCUAGUAACGAAACCCGUAGAAAAUUUGACAGUUUCAACGAAAAGUGAACAGAAUAUAGACAAGUCAAAUACCCAGAUACCGCUCAUUGAACCCAUAUUCAACAGACCAUUUGAUUCGAUUCAGCAAACAACUGAUGCUAUGAAUAGUCAACUUACCAUUGAUGCUAACUUCUCCAGAUUGGAAGAACCAGAAUAUAAAUAUCCUCAGUAUCAAUCUUAUUCAUCAAGACUCAGGUCAUUUGACCACUGGAGAUUUGCACACAAACAAACACCUCAGUGUCUGGCCGAAGCUGGGUACUUUUACACUGGAGACAAUGAUAUUGUUCGAUGCUUUUGUUGUGACUUGGGAUUAGCAGAAUGGGAUUCAAAGGAUAAUGCAUGGACUGAGCAUGCUCGUCACAACCCGAAAUGUCACUUUCUAAAGAACAAAAAGGGAGAUGAGUACAUCGAAAAUAUUCAACAAGAUUGGCGUAAGAUUUAUAAUGCCAAGCAUGCUGCCUUUGAUGACAAGAUGUCUCGUAUAGCAACGUUUGAUGGAGAUUGGAGGAGAGAUAUUGAACAAACCCCUGAAAUACUAGCUGAUGCUGGUUUCUUUUAUACAGGCGAAGAAGAUGUUGUUCGCUGUCAUUACUGUGAUGGAGGACUGCGACACUGGGAGCAAGGCGACGUCCCAUGGGAAGAACAUGCGCGAUGGUUCCCGUUUUGUAAAUUUUUAAUCAAAAUGAAAGGUAGAGAAUUUAUAGAAGAAAUAAAAAGAAAAACAGAGGAGAGACGCAGUGCUGAAAACAAUUCUACACCGGGAGAACACAGCCACGGAUUGUCAGAUAAUUUAAAAGACAAUGCAGUUGUAAAAGAACUUCUAAGUAUGGAUUUCAAGGUUGAUGACAUCAAAUAUGCGAUUGAUCGAUACAUUAAAUCAAAAGGAGACAAUAAUUUCUGUGUGGAAGAUCUUAUAGAUUUAAUCUUUCAAAGGCCAAACGAAGAGACUAAACAAAGUCCAUUUGCAGUUAGCAAUAUCAUCAUCACAGAGAAGCCGGAGGAAAAUGAUCCUAAGAAGAUCCUUGAGAUGAAUAGGAAGUUGAAAGAAAAAAUGAAAUGUAUACGCUGCAGAGUAAACGAUACAUGCAUGCUUUUUGUGAACUGUGGACAUCGGCUGACAUGUGAAAAAUGUGCAUAUGCAAUGGACUUCUGUCCAUAUUGCGAUACAAAAAUUAAGAAAAGGUUAAAGACGUUUUUGUCAUAGCAGUUCAAACUUAAAGGAAAACUAUUUUUUGACAGAACAAUCCUAAUCUAUAUCAAGUGGAAAAUUAUAGGAAGCAGUCUACAGCAAUUCCUCUGAAAUCGGGAACAGCUUUGUUCAACUCGAAACUAAUUCGAAGCACUUUAUACUCGACAUCAAUUGCAAACAUUCUGACGCAGCUUUGAAACAUUCGGAAGCCUGUAAAUAUCGAAAGAAGCAUGGACAAUACACACAUCGAACAUAUAUUUUCAAGCAUUUCUUUGAUGUUUUGACCUUAUAAACGGAAGAUAAACCCAAAGUUCAUUAUUGUAUUUUUCAAUGUUUAAUAUGUCAUUAAAAUUGCUAAGAAAUAAAUCAUAGCAGAUUACUAAAUAGAAUAAAAAAUCUCAAAAUCUCAAUUUAAAGUAAGUUGUUAAGAAAAAUAAUCAAGUAACUAUAUUGCUACAAAGGUGGGGGAAAUUUAUAAUUUCAAAAUUAAAAUCGUCUCGUUUGUCAUAUAUUCCGGUACUGAGAUGACUGUGUAAGUCAAAUUCGAGAUAUAAGUCUAAAAAUGAGGCGGAGGAAGCAGUGUCUGUUGUUUCUUUAAUUAAAAUCUAGGGGGAUAUAUUAAUGGAACCCAAUCAGAAAAGUUCGGAUCCUUUAUGGAAAAAACAUCAUCAAUAUAUAUCUGAAAGUGAAAUAAAACAAUGUGUUCUUUGAUCCUCUUGUUUUUGACAAGUGUCUGAAGGAAUUCUGAUUCAUAUGAAAAAGGUCAGCAAGGUUCUGCUGUGUAGCAUGUUUUACCUUUUUGUUUGUCACUAUUAACGAAAUAUGCCUUAUCGUACCCAAAGUAAUUAAUUUAGAGCGUAUCCUACAAUUUUUAUGUUGAAAGACAUUAUGGAUCAUAUCUUUUAGCCGAUUUUUAAAAUUCGCAUGGGGAAUGGUGAUAUGCAGGGUUGAAAAAUCUAAAGUUUUGAUAGA